GCGCUGUGACGUCAUAAGUCUGCGCCACGUCCACUCUGACAUUUUCAAUGACAGUUUACACAACUUUGUUUUACGUUUCUUUGAUAACGCGGGUAGUUAAAGCAUAAAAUGACUACCAUGCACAGAGCCGCGCGGACAGCAUUACAUGGCUGGUCUAACGCAGUCGGCCCUGCGAUGAUCCGCCAGUGUUUAAAACGCAGAGUGCCCCUGCAGCUGAGCUCACGCGCGUACAGUGUGGUCCCGACCCCGUGCGACAGUGAGGAGAAAGAGAUGUUGGACCGAAUCCUGCGCGUGGACCACGCUGGUGAAUACGGAGCCAACCGCAUCUACGCCGGCCAGAUGGCAGUGUUGGGCCGAUCUAGCACCGGGCCUCUCAUCCAGGAAAUGUGGGAUCAAGAAAAGAAACACCUCAAUAAAUUCAAUGAAAUUCUGUCUGAGAACAGAGUUCGACCCACAGCGCUGUUACCCCUCUGGAACAUUGCUGGGUUUGCAUUAGGUGCGUCCACUGCACUGUUUGGAAAAGAGAUGGCCAUGGCCUGCACUGUGGCGGUGGAGGAGAGUAUUUCCGAACAUUACAACAGCCAGAUCAGAGCUCUGAUGGAGAGGGACCCCGAGCGAUACACCGAACUGUUACAAAUUAUAAAGGAAUUCAGAGAUGAUGAGCUGGAGCAUCAUGACACAGGACUGGAGCAUGAUGCAGAAUCAGUACCUGGAUACUGGCUACUAAAAAAUGCAAUACAGCUUGGCUGCAAAGCUGCAAUAUAUGCCUCUCAGCGGGUCUAACGUCGUGUUUAGAACAGUUAAGAAUUUUCACUGGUGGAUGUUUGUUAUGUGGACUCAAUUUGUAUAAAUGAUUUGAACUUGAAUGGAAGUUUCUGCUCCAUUGUAAAUUAACAUAUAUCUUCGUACUAUUGCAAGAUGUAAAGGUUCUGUAUGCGACAUUCGGAGCAUUGAUAGCAGCAAACCAGUAUUUUCUCUGUAAAGAUAUAGUGGAGUAAUGGCGACCUGAGCAGAGAAUGACGUCACUCUACCUCUGCGUGAGCUGUAAUUCGAGCUUCUCUGUGGUUUGUUGUGGUAAGCCGGUCCAGCCAUGCAUGCCUGUUAAUGCAUGGGUGUAUUCCUCUGGCUAGCUCAUUGCUUCCACUUUGCACUGUGGUCAGACAGUGGUUACCACUGAUUUUUGCUGACAGCUGCAUCGCAUAAGUGUAGCGCCUGGUUAACACUGUUAGCUCUGUCAGCACUGCUGCCAUUGUUUAGUGCUGUUCAUGGAUUUAGCACUGUUAGCUGCUAGCUGCCAGCUCAGCCACCUCCAUGUUGAGAAUCGUUUUCAGACAUCUCAUAUGCUUUUAAUUUCACAUAGAGCCACUUUAGUCUUGUAUACAAACAUUCAGUUAUCUGCAUUAACCAAAAUUUUACUGCUUUGUACAGUGUAUAAUACAUGGACUAGGGAUAUCCCGUUCUGAUCUCAUAGAUUGGUAACAGGACUGAUCAAGUAAUUUUUUUUAACCGAUCAGGAUCAGCCAGAUUAUUUAGCGCAGUCCGAUCCUUUGUUUUGUGUCAGCUGUCACACUGGUGCUUUUUUUUCAUGAAGCUUUAAUGCGCAGCGAUAAACAGUGGAACCGUCGUCAACUCUUCAACUCUCUGCUGUCUGUUUGGCUGUCCACUCCGUGUGUGUGUUAAGAGCGGGGGCUGAACCCCUCUUGCAGUGAAACACCACACACCAUAAAGACAACAAAACACAGCACGAGACUGUUUUUCAACACAGACACUCACAACACCACUUGAAGUGCAACAAAAGACCUGCGAGCAAACUGCCAGUAAGAGUAAUUUGUGAAUUUAAUCUGCACAAAAGAUGUACAGAUGGCGAAAAUAAAAACUCAGUGGAAUACCAUUCAUUCCAUAUGGUCAUUGGUUUAUUCAGGUAACUCAGGGAAAAGCUGCACCAAAGCAACAAACACUGGAGAGUAGCCUACUCUCUUUAAGGGACAGAAAAAGUCCCUCAAGAUGCCGACAGGGCCAAAAAGAUAAAAUAAUGGUGGUUGGUUUGUUGAUUUAUACUUCAUUUUGUAAAAAAAGGCAUUUUUUUUAAUGCAUUGCAGAGUCAUUCAGUUGUCAAGCAUAUACAUUGGAUUGAUUUUAGUCACUUAAGUGUACUUUAAGUGUGCACUGUGCAGCUGUGUUAACUAGGACAAUAUAAAUAUCAGAUAGGGACUCGGAAUCGGCAGAUACUACCUACUGAACGACUUGGAAUCGGGCUAAAACACUUGAUCGGGACGUCCCUAUCAUGGACUGUUUUAAUCGGUGGAGGUAACCACUCCUGAAUUAAAUAGCAGAUCUCUACACUGUUGUGUCAGCGUAAAUCCUGUCUCACUUUUUUGUUGCAGUGCUACCCCUGAGAGGCAGCCUGUCUGAUAAAUGAUGCUGGUGUGAAAAUUGGUUAAAAGAAAAAAAAAAGACUUUUGCAUAAACAAAUGGGAGUUAACAGAAUAAAUACUCCAAUUAACAACUA